AUGCUCGGCGGCUUGUUGUUCUCCGUGAUGGAUACCACGAUUGUCUCUACGGCCCUUGUCAAGAUCGCGUCUGACCUGGAGGACUUUCCGAACAUGUACUGGGUCGUGUUGGCAUACCUGCUCUCCUAUCUAGGCUGCGCUAUUGGUUUCGCCAAACUCGCCGACCACUUUGGCCGUCUUCCCAUAUUCCUUCUCUCGUGGUGGAUCUUCUCGGUCUUCUCUCUCGGUUGCGGAUUCUCAACUACCAUGUCACAGCUGAUUGUCUUUCGAGCUCUACAAGGAGUGGGCGGCUCAGGUCUCUACAGCCUAUCCCAGAUCGCCCUCGCCGAAAUCGCCCCUCAUGGAAAGAAUGCCUUGAUGGGAAUCGUCAUUGGCAUGACCCUCGCCAUAUCUUUUGUCCUUGGUCCCCUACUGGGUGGUGCCAUUUCUUCUGCCAACUGGCGCUGGAUUUUCUAUAUGAAUAUUCCUGCAGGUUUCUGUUGCAUGUUCGGCCUCGUCGUCCUCUGGCCCCAAAACUUCGGCAAGGCCCAGCACCCUUGGAAGGAGUUUUGGCGCAUCGACUUCAUCGGCAACAUAUUCAUUCUCUCCGCCUGCGUUCUGAUGGUCUACAGUCUGCAGCAGGCCGGCACAAUGAUCUUUGCCUGGACAAGUGUCGAGUUCCUCACGACCUUUAUCGUCUCGAUUGUCUGUUGGGCGCUGUUCUGGGCGUGGCAGCUCAUCCUUCGUCAGUUGCCUAUUCGAGUCGAGCCCGUGUUCCCAGUGCGUCUGGUGUAUCAUAGGAUUUAUAUGGCAGCUGUAUUGUCCAUGUUCCUCUCCGGCUACUCGUACCUAGCCAUCAUCAUCACCCUCCCCGAGCGCUUCCAGAUCGUCAACGAGGACUCAAGCAUGAUGGCAGGCGUCCACCUCCUACCGAUGCUAGGCGCCACAGCGUUAGGCUCCAUCCUCGGCGGCACGUUCUCCAAGAAGAAGAACAACACCUCGCGAACGCUUGUGGCGGCCGCCUGUUUCCAGGUCCUCGGCCUAGGCCUGCUCACAACCUUUGACGCGCCCACGUCCCCCGUAUCCCCUCAGUUCGGCUACCAGGCCAUCUUCGGGCUCGGCGUCGGCCUGACCUUCUCCUCGGCCACCAUCCUGACCAAGAUCCAGGCGGCCGGGCGCGACCACGCCGUGGCGCAGGGCGUCAUGGCCCAGGUGCGCGUGCUGGGCGGCGCCGUCGGCCUCGUCAUCUGCAAUGUCAUCUUCAACAACAAGCUCGAGGACAUCGACGGCAGCCUGACGCCCGCCCAGGUCGCCGCCCUGCACCGCUCCCCCUUGGCCCUGAUCGGCGCCGGCGGCGACGCCGCGGAGAUGGUCAAGGACGUCUUCUCCGCCUCCUUCCAGACCAUGGUCUGGGUCAUGUUCUGGGUGGCUGUCGCUGGCCUCGUCGCCAGCCUGUGCACCUGGGAGAUGAAGCCGACCCAGCUCGACGAGAUCGACCAGGCUGCUAGUAGCAGCCGUGGAACAAGCGACACGGAGCUCGAGGACGUGUCUGCAGCCAGGAUGCGCGUGGACACGAACGCAGGGGAUACGCCGCCGCCGCCGCCGCCGCCGCCGCCUCAUCCCUUUCCCAGCCAGGUGUAG